UUUCAGUUUUGCUUUACCAUACAUAAUUAUUUUGUGUUAACUAUGUCAUGGUUUUUUGUUUUGAAAAAUAGUUUUAAGGAGUUCUGAAAUUAUCUCUAUUUAUGAUAGCGCAGCUUGGAUGAGGCCCUUAUUAGCUAUUUGGGGGUGCACGACGAUGGUUUCACCAACAGCAGUUUUCUUUUACCACUAUCACCAAUAUGGCUGACUUUAACGCUUUGGCUACUCAGUUUACCCAAUUUUAUUAUCAAACUUUCGACACUGAUCGUUCUCAACUUUCAUCUUUAUACCGUGAUGAAUCUAUGUUGAGCUUCGAGGGUGCCCAACUCCAGGGUGCUAAGGAUAUUGUUGAGAAACUUAUGAGUCUUCCCUUCCAACGUGUCCAACACCGUAUCUCUACUUUGGAUGCACAACCUACAGGUGCUAACGGCUCCGUUGUUGUUAUGGUUACUGGUGAACUCUUGUUGGAUGAGGAACAAAUGGCUCAACGCUACAGCCAAGUUUUCCAUCUUGUGAAUAAUGGCGGUAACUACUUUGUUUUAAAUGAUCUUUUCCGUCUCAAUUAUGGUUAGAUAAAAACAAGAAUUUAAAGUCAGUUUCCAUAAGUAUUCCUAGUCAUUCUCUCCGGUUCUGAAUUUUCAAAUCUUUUGGAAGAGAUGUCACUGAGUUUUUAGAGACGCGUAUACGAACUUCACUACAGAAAUAGAGCCAUAAGAUAAAAAGAAAUAAGUUUCUAAGUAAAACAAAAAAUUGUAAUAUAAAAGUCUAUGCAAC